AGAUAUACACAUCAUUCACAAUUCACAUCCGCCUAUUAAGCUGGGAGGCAACGAACCAGCCAACCAACACACAGAGGGUAAGCAGCUGAGCUCAGCUGUGCUGAGCGCAAAAUUGAGCACUGUGAACUUUGUGGACUUGAGUAGUAGGCACGCUUUGUGUGGCACUUUUGCUUUUAUUUUUAAAGCAUACAUUUAUUCGCUCGUUGAGUUGUCGCGCUGACAGUUGAUGGUGCAGACACACGACUACUAGCUACGCGACCACAAACAAAAGUUGACUUUUUGCCUAGUGAAUCGUCAGUGUUUUGUGUUUGGUGCUUCUUCAAUGUGAAACAAAUAUAAAUAAAUAAAAAAUUAAUUGUUGUGUAUGGUGUUUUUGGUUUUGUUGUUUCCAAUUUUGGCUGAUAUGUGCUUGCAUUGUGGCGCUACGAAUUUGGUGCUUUAAACAACAAAAAAUUAUUUUACAAGAAAAUUAGUCAGUGUGCAUUCGGUUGAUUAAAUUAAAAACAACAACUGCACUUAUAUAUGUACGUACAUAGACGUGUGUUUAAACUAAACCAAAGCAUGAAAUAAGCCAGACGGCAGACGGCAGCGUACCAAUAGCGAGCAAAAAGUGAACGCAACGGAGAGUGCGGGCCAGCAAAAUGUUGUUUAUGUGCACUUUACAUAUCAGAAAUUGAACCUUGUUACGAAUGUGAAAAAUUGAAAAACAAAACAAACGCAUAAUAAUUUAAAAGAAAUGUUAGAGAACUUCGAGGAAACAAAAUCAAGUAAUAAAACUAAACAAAGAACUGCUGAAAAUUAAUGGUAUUUUAUGUGCGUCGCUGGAGUACGAGUGGAGAACAAACAAAAAAUUCAACUUUCUCAAUAGUGAAAAGUGUAAUUCAUAACUAUGUAAAGCAGCGAAUUUAAGCCAACUGAAUGAAAUCUAAAAAAAGUCGCAAACAAAUUUAGUAGGAUAUGCAAAACAGCUUUCCGCAGCGCGUCGACUAUUCCAAAUCAGAUUUACUCCACAAAAGUGCUGCGGACAGCAAAGAAACUGAAGUGUACUUGUGCUACGAAAAAAAAUCGCAAUUAAAUUGAAUAAAUCAUAUUCCAUAUAAAAGUCAUUUAGUGCCAUGUAAAACCUUCUUACAAUGCAAACAGUCACAUAUUCCCAACUGGCUAGGUAACUAGCGAAGGAGUAGAGAGAGAAAGCCGCACGCUCCAAUCAACAUAGCCAAAGAGCAUAGCAAAACCCAUAGUAGUAUUAAGAAAAAAAAAAAACUAUAACUUCCACCCUCAUAAACAUUUGCUACUUUAGCCACAAACUAGCAAACUAAAAAAAUCUUACCCACUUGCCAAGUAGAACAAUUUUCGCUUAUAAAAAAUGAAUGAAGAUAAAUUAAAUGCGCCGCUGGUGUUGAAGGAACUGGCCGACAGCGCGAUUAUUGUGCCACAAACAGCUGCGGUAGUGGGCGUAAGUGGGGGCAAUGGCUUAGCCACAGCUGCUGUUGCCUACCAAAAGCAAUACGUCUCACCCACUACCACACCCACCAGCGCCACCAAUACAGCCCCAGUUGCGCUAAACGCAACAACAGCGGCGGUAGCCACCACAACCAAUGUCAAUUUAAAUGCAGAUACUCAGUUAAGCAUAGGAAUGUCGCAACUAACACCGCCAACAACGUUACAAAUACAACUACCGCAACAGCAGCAGCAGUCACCGCAGCAAAAGCAAACACCAACACAGCAACAACUUACACUACUGCCCUUUAGCAACAAUACAAAUAUCGUUGGCAACUACUUGAAGAAUGGCGCUUUGAGUUAUAAUUCACAAAACAAUCUUUGCAAUGGCGGCAUUUCCGGUCAAAAUCACAUACUCGCACCGAAAAUCAAAAACAACUGCAGUCCAAACGACCAGAAGAAGGGAACCGUCACGCUAUCACACCUGCCACAACGGCCACCUGUCGAUAUUGAAUUCACGGAAAUUUCCUACUCAGUGCCAGAAGGACGACGGCGCGGUUUGAAAACUAUACUCAAAAGUGUUUCGGGCAAGUUUCGCAAUGGGGAACUCACCGCCAUCAUGGGGCCGUCGGGUGCGGGCAAGAGCACUCUUAUGAAUAUUCUAGCUGGCUACAAAACAUCUCAGUUGAGCGGUUCGGUGCUGAUCAAUGGCAAGGAACGCAAUCUGCGUCGCUUUCGUAAGCUUUCCUGUUACAUUAUGCAAGACGACAUACUUAUUGGGAAUCUCACGGUACGUGAAUCGAUGAUGAUCUCAGCCAAUCUGAAGCUGGGUAAAGAUAUGAAUUUGGCUGCAAAGAGAGUUGUAGUCCAGGAGAUACUUGACACGAUUGGUCUGAAGGAAUCCUGCAAUACGAAGACCUGCAACCUCUCGGGUGGCCAACGUAAACGCCUCUCCAUAGCGCUCGAGUUGGUUAAUAAUCCGCCUGUGAUGUUCUUUGACGAACCCACAUCCGGUUUGGAUAGUUCAACAUGUUUCCAGCUGAUUUCUUUGCUCAAGUCGUUGGCACGUGGCGGCCGCACUAUCGUUUGCACCAUUCACCAGCCGUCGGCGCGUCUCUUUGAAAAAUUUGAUCACUUGUACAUGCUCGCCGAGGGCCAGUGUAUGUAUCAAGGGCGUGUGCGAGGUCUGGUGCCAUUUCUCUCGUCGCUCGGCUACAAUUGCCCUUCAUAUCACAAUCCGGCCGACUAUGUGCUGGAGGUAGCCAGCGGCGAGUAUGGCGAAUCUGUGCAAAAGCUAUUGGCGGCGGUCAAGGAAGGCAAAUGCAAGAAGUACAGUCAAAAGGACUAUGGCUUGGAUUUGUCGGACGUGCGUUGUAUUGCAAAUGACAUUGCCAAACGUGAUAAUGGUUGCAACAAUUCCAAUAGCACAACAAAUGCCACCAAUGCAACGCUAACGGCGACCACAACGCUCACUCAUGAGAAUGAAAAAUGUAAAAUGGGCGAAAUGACCAUUGGCCUGAUCGCCAAAUCGGACUCGAGUGAAAACAAUCAACCGACAUUAGAGACGCAACAAUCACAGCAAUCCGACUGCACCGUCAUCAACUUGAACAUUCCACAUGGCAAUAAUGGCAAUGGAAAUACCAGUAUUGGGCUGACUUAUAGUGGACAUGAAGACAGCUGUAGCUUGAAUUCGAAAAGCGGUCAAAGUGCACAUGCAGGAGUCGCCGAUAAGGCAGUUGCCGCCGGUUGCACGACCUCACUGCUGGACUCGCACGAAAGUGUCAUUACGCUGCCCAACAGCUCGGGCUUCCCCACCAGUGGUUGGACACAGUUUUGUAUACUGUUAAAGCGUUCCUUUGUGACGAUCAUGCGCGAUCGCAUGCUGACCCACAUGCGUUUGGCUUCGCACGUCAUUGUAGGCGCCAUCAUUGGCAUGAUCUACUAUGAUGUGGGCAAUGAAGCGUCGAAGGUCAUGAGCAAUGCGGGAUGUAUUUUCUUUACAACGCUCUUCACGAUGUUUACAGCAAUGAUGCCGACCAUUUUGACUUUUCCCACUGAAAUGUCGGUAUUUGUGCGAGAGCAUCUCAAUUACUGGUAUUCGCUGAAGGCAUUUUACUUUGCAAAAACUAUGGCGGAUUUGCCCUUUCAGAUAUUCUUCUCAAGUGUCUACGUGAUUGUGGUCUACUACUUGACCUCGCAACCUAUGGAAUGGUUGCGCAUCUCUAUGUUUGUCUUCAUUUGUGUGCUAACUUCGUUGGUGGCGCAGUCGCUGGGCUUACUCAUUGGUGCUGGCAUGAAUAUCGAAGCGGGCGUUUUCCUCGGUCCGGUCACUACAAUACCAACCAUUCUGUUCUCGGGCUUCUUUGUCAACUUCGAUACUAUACCCGGCUAUCUGCAGUGGGUGACGUACGUCAGUUACGUGCGCUAUGGAUUUGAAGGCGCCAUGGUAUCCAUUUAUGGCAUGGAUCGCGCCAAAAUGGAGUGCCAUGAAAUGUACUGUCACUUCCGCAGUCCCAAGAAGUUCUUGGAGGAGAUGUCGAUGGACCAAGCUGAGUAUUGGAUUGAUGCGGUGGCCCUGCUGGGUACUUUCAUAGCGCUGCGCGUUAUUGCGUACUUUGUGCUGCGCUGGAAGCUGCACCUCAUACGCUAAGCAGCAGGCACAACCAGUAGCUGUAGCUGUAGCUGUAGCUGUAGCUGUACUAUGUAAUUAUAUUAUGUUUUUAUAUGUAUGUAAGUUGUAUGUAUUUGUAAGUAGACAGUCGGCAAGACAGUUCCAAGGGCAUUCCACGCUGAUUUCAGUUUAUUUGAAAUCGUACGUUUAAUGUAUUUUCUAUGAGAAAAUUGAUAUUAUUUAGAGUCUUGAAUUUACAUAUAUAAAUACGAGUACAUACAUAUGUUUAAAUAAUGUAGAAUUUUUACGCAUAGUGACCAUGUAAUUUAAUAAUUAUACUGAAACUAAUGUAAUUGUAUUGUUAAGAUGCAUGUUCGCAUACGGUGCUUUAGGUUUUUCUUUUAAUUUUUAUUUUACUUGUAUUUUUGUUACACCGAAGACUCUUUUGUAUGGGAAAAUGUUGGUAUAUUUCUUAGAUUAGCGCGUAAAUAGCUUCAAAUAUAAUAUUAUAGAAAAUAUUAAAUAAUAAAUAUUAAAUAAAACAUCUAAGAUAUUGAAAAUCA